AUGAACAUACGUACAACUGUGACGCUAAACUCCAUACCGGGGCCAUUCGGGGAUCCUUCUUCCAUUGACUAUAAGUCACAUCCGGGAGAGGGUGAUACCGUGUCGCAUGUCGCUAUAUUUGAAAUGAUGAAAAAGAAGGAAAUGACACCACUCGACGACAUUAAGAAACUUAAGAAGUCCGUUUAUAGCUAUAGGAAUAGGAAGAUAAUUACGAACUGGCUGCGUGACGUUUGUGUGGCUUUGAACUUGAAGGGGACAACGUUGUGCCUUGCGAUACAGCUGACGGACGCCUUCAUUUCGGGCUCUUUGCAAACACUCCCAAUUGAGAAGUGUCAACUGGCGGCGGCGACAUGUUUGUGGGAUGCGGCGAAAUUUGAGGAGAUGGACAAUAGCUUACCCUCACUUAAGAAAAUUGUCCGCGUUUGCGAUGAUGCCUACUCUAGUGAGCAAAUAUUGGAGAUGGAGGAAACAAUACUUUGUUUCUUCAAGUGGCGGCUUCCACACACAACUGUCAUCAACCACCUUUACUUGCAACUGCACAUGCUCGGAAGCGAAGACCUCGUUUCAUGUGGUUCAGUGGUGAAAAGAGAACCCGGAGAGAUUGUCAUUCUUAAUAUUCUUGUAGUAGAGGAAGAUGUGCACAAGUGGAAGCGCCUCGAGGCGACGGAGGACUGCAUCAUCACAAGCAUUGUCCCACAACUGUGCGCAAUUGCGGGAAUUCCUGCAAGCAACAACAUCGAAGUUUUUCAGGUGUUUGGGGAAAACGUCCUUGUUACCCGCCGCACUGCGCUCGACACGCCGUUACGCUCUCUGUACGUGGAUAGUAAAAGGGAGAGCCGGUUGUGUUUAUCUAAUGGAGGGGUCAAUUUCGUUUUUGUGGAGCGUGGCACUUUGGUUGUUCCGCGUAAUAUUAAUAAACGCUUCUUGAAUCAGUGUCAAGUGCUCGUCCAGGAAGUCGUUCUACAUGUUGAAUUCAUACAAUUACCCAGUCAUGUCACGGCACUGGGUGUUCUGAUGCUUUCCAUGUGUAUUUUGGCUACAAAUAUGGUCGAAGGGAAAAGUGCUAUUAAUUACAUUCAGGGUAAACUUGGUAUAUCAUCUAGUCGAUGUCUUGCUGCUGCCCGACUUCUUUGCGUUAAGUACAGGGAAACAAUUGAAGAGUACCGUAAGUCUGUCAAACUUCCGCAGUUGCCUGAGGAUAUUAUGGAGCGGUUGGAUAUGUGCCUUGCGACAAGAAAUUCAUAG